CUUCCGUUAACGAGAGGAAGCACUUCCGACAGCGCGCGUGGAGUUUGCGUUUGAUCUGUAUAGCCGUUGAUUUUCUGGGACUAAAAUAAUCUACUACAUUUGGCUUGUUUUAUUUAGCUAUGUCAACCAUUGGCAUUGUCUUACUGGACGUAAGACAAGUUGUGACCGAGCUGGCUUAGUUGGUGUACGUGAUGACUGUGUGGCUACCCGCAAGGGCAGAGUAGUACUGGAAAUGUGGAAGAUGUAUUUAAUCAGGUUACGCAUGCAUGUUGCCUUAGUGUAGAUUUAGAAUCACGAACUCAUGAGUGAAGGGGGCUGCAUAUGCCGCUUUAUUUUUCGCCAGCAAAAGAAGCCAGAUAUUUUCUAGAUCCAUUUGUUAAUCUUACACACUUGGGUACGCCAGCUAUUAGCCAUAAAACUGUUGGACAUCAUGGAAAAAUCUGGGAUGUCGACGAAACAGAAGGAGAAAAAUGAGUGUAGUCACUUAGGUGAUGCAUCUGAAAUGAAGGGAAAGCCUUUCGAUGGCUUGAAACUGGCAUCUCAUGAAGUUUUGGAAAAAGCCCAGAUGACGGGCAGGUCGAAGUGCCCCAAGUGUAACGGUUCAAGGAUGUUUUAUUGUUACACAUGUUUCUCAUUAGUAGGUGUGAGCCAAGAUGACGUACCCAAAAUCAAGCUUCCAGUUAAAAUAGACAUCAUUAAGCAUCCUCAUGAAACUGACGGAAAGAGCACCGCGGUACACGCCAAACUUAUUGCGCCUGAUGACGUCACCGUUUACACCUACCCCUGCAUCCCGGAGUACGAGAAUGAAAAAUAUAAAGUUGUCUUGGUCUUUCCUGGUCCGGGUUCAGUGACCGUAGAGGAAAUGAUGGAGGAACUACUUAGGGUCCCUGGUAAAGGUGGGGCCCCUUCUGCUGGGGAGCCCUCCCCAAAGAGGGUGAAGAGAGAUGAUGAGUCUGAAGAGAGAGAGAGCACAAAAUUGCAACAGCGAGACUGUGUGCUCCAAAAGGUCAUCUUCAUCGAUAGCACAUGGAAUCAAACAAAUAAAAUAAUCUCAGAUGAGCGGCUUCAAGCCUUGCUGCGAGUUGAACUGAAGACAAGGAAAACCUGUUUUUGGCGUCACCAGAAGGGGUCCCCAGACACAUACCUGGCAACAAUUGAGGCCAUCUAUUACUUCCUGAAGGAUUACCAUGUGCUCUGCCUGUCACAGGACUAUCAAGGAGACUACGACAACCUCCUGUACUUCUUUGCGUAUCUGCACAAGCUGAUUAACAGUGCUAAGCACGCUGCAGGGAGGCUGUAAGGCGAGCCUACGUGUCCCAAAGUGGGAUGUGCUGUACUCCUGCAUUUUUCUUUAUUGUGCAGGCAGACAUUGGCCGUAAGAUCUGCAGAAUACUUGUCCUGUUGUAGAUAUGACUGUACAUACUGUCCUGAUUGUUAUAUUUAAUGUAUUUUUUUUUACAUUAAGUUUUUACAAAUGCGUCACUAAUAGAUUGUAAUUCUGAUUUCAUUUUGGAGCUGAGAAAUGGAGUGCGAUCAGCGCUGCACAGAACAUGCUUUUCAUUUCUCUAGGGAAUGCAAAUCUGGAAAUAAAAAGUAAAAAAAAAAACAUUCAUUUAGG